CCCCUUGAAGGAAAUGUAGGCUCAGACGUUCUCGGGGCGCUUCACUUCCCUCCGUUCAGGGAGCCAUCUCUUUCGUAUUUGAAGGCAAUAACUAUCCUCAACAUGAAGGUGUCCAGCAUCGACUCCCGCCGUUUGAGGAAGAUCAUCAGGAAAGAGUACGGGAACUGCCUUAUUGUGGACUGCCGGUCGUAUUUCUCAUUCACGAACUCCAACAUCCGAGGUUCUGUCAACGUCAACCUCAACUCCGUGGUGGUCCGGAGGUCCCGGGGAGGACCCGUGCCGCUGCAGUUCAUCAUCCCGGAUGAGAACGCCUUGUUCAGACUGAAGGAGGGCAGCAUUUCGGCAGUUGUAGCUCUGGAUGACCGGACGUCCCACUGGCAAAAACUGAAGAAGGACAGUGUAGCACAAAUGGUUAUAAACACCCUGUCACAUCUGGGGAGCGGGACCAACAUCUGCUUCUUGAAAGGUGGAUAUGAGAACUUCCACUCUCAAUACCCUGAACUUUGCACUGAGGUGAAAAGCGUCGACCAAAGUGGAAGUGAAACUGACAGAAGAGUCAUCAACCACAACGGGAAGCUUUCACGCAACAAACCAGAUUACGAUCAGGGUACACCUGUGGAGAUCCUGCCUUUCCUCUACCUCGGCAGUGCCUACCAUGCCUCCAGACAAGACUAUCUCAGUGACCUUCACAUCACAGCCUUGCUCAACGUGUCUCGCAGGGACCUGCAGCCCACCAAAGGCGGCUUCGAUUACAAGUGGAUCCCAGUUGAGGACAACCACAUGGCGGACAUUAGCUCUCACUUUCAGGAAGCCAUAGAGUUUAUCGAUCAUGUCAAGCAAUCAGGAGGAAAGGUCCUGGUCCACUGUGAGGCUGGCAUCUCACGUUCCCCAACCAUCUGCAUGGCCUACAUCAUGAAGACGCAGAGGAUAAAGCUGGAUGCAGCUUUCGACAUCAUCAAGCAGCGCCGGGCCGUCAUCUCACCCAACUUUAGUUUUAUGGGUCAACUGCUGCAGUUUGAAUCAGAGGUUCUCUCCAGCGCUCCAGCUCAUGCAGCCACACCGGAACCGGUCACUCCCUGCAUCCCAGAAUCUGCUUCCUUUUUUGCCAAUGACUUCGCCACCACCACCACACUGAACACCAAAAACUUUGACCCAUCUGUGUUCACCUUCCCUACCUCUUGCCUGAAGUCUCCAGUGCACCAUCAGUUGAACCUGAGCCCAAUAACUGCACUGCCUUAAAACUAGUCCUGUAGUUUUUACUUGAAAAAAAAAAAAAGAUUCAAUCUGUGCCUGGUGUUCAACCAUCAGAGCAAAUAGAGAUCGGCAGAAGCACAGGUCUUCGUAGUAUUUAUUCAAAGUAGUCUAUGAAUUCUGUGAAGCUGUUUUCUGUCAUCUGAACUGCAGAGACCAAAAAACACAGCACAGUGAUGAACUGCAAUAUACAAGCCUUAGGUUGACAUUGUGAUUUAAACUUUCACUCCAAUGCAGUCAGGCAUUUUGGACUUAAUUUAUUAAAAAUGUGUCGUUGUGAUUUUUACCAAUCAUGUUGAUGUAAUAUGUGUUUAUUAAAUGUUUUCACAUUGAAAA